CACAUUUACAUCAUUUUCUAUCCUGAAUACUCUGCAGCUUGACAUCCCCGCGGAGUGUCGGCGAAGAGAUAGGGGGGAAGAUGUCCUGAUCAGCUGACUUCAGAGGAUAAUUCAAGCACAGCUCUAACUAGACUCAGGACAGUUUCAAGUUGCAGCGGAAUGUCGGCGAUAACCACGACGACUUCUCAGUGAAUGACUGCUGUCGCCAUCUCGCCAUCGACAGAUAUAUAUGACCGUCGAAAUCCUUUGCGUACGAUCAUCGUCAAUCUCUAUUCCUCUUGUUUACGAACGGCCAUUAACGAUUUGAGUACCUUUCAAAGACCAUCAUGUCUCCUCCAAAAGUAAUUCGCUGGGGGAUCCUUGCCACUGGUAGCAUUGCAACAACAUUUACCAAAGAUCUGCUCGUCGACCCCAUCACCCGCGGAGUCACUGCCAUCAGACACACUGUUGUCGCAGCAGCAUCUUCGUCCUCCCUGUCGAGGGCUGAAUCCUUCCUCAGCUACACCAGUGCCCCAACCUCCGCUCGUGCUUAUGACUCGUAUGAAAAGCUCGUGAAUGAUCCAGAGGUUGACAUCAUAUAUAUUGCCACGCCUCACUCGCACCAUUAUCAGAAUGCAAUGCUGUGCCUUGAAGCUGGCAAAAAUGUCCUAUGCGAGAAACCUUUCACGGUCAAUGCUCGGCAGGCGAGGAAGUUGGCAGAGAAGGCCAGAGAAAGGGGGUGCUUCCUCAUGGAAGCACUCUGGACAAGAUACUUUCCAUUGUCUGCAUACGUGCGUGAGACAAUAACAUCAGGACAAAUUGGCUCUGUAGUAAGAGUAAUCACAGAUUGUAGCGUAGCAACCAAUCCGGAGUCAUCCUUUGAGGAUGCAAAUCACAGGAUGGUAAAUGCGAAUCUUGCAGGUGGCGCCCUCCUAGAUCUGGGAAUCUAUAGCCUGACCUGGCCCUUUGUGGCGCUUUACCAUACGCAGCCGGUUGAGAGUCGCAGGCCACCUCGAGUGCUUGCUGCAAUGACCAAGUACCCGCCAACGUUCACCGCUGAUGAAAUGACAACCAUGGUUCUGGUGUUCCCACGACACGAGUCCGCUGGUGGGGAUACUCACGCCAUCGCCACAACCUCUAUCCGCCUAGAAACCUCACCGCCCGCUGACCCCAAUCCUCCACCAGCCGUUCGCAUCCAGGGACGCCUUGGCGAAAUUCAACUCUUCCCAUGCGCUCACAACCCAAACAAGUCAAAGCUCGUCCUCUUAGAUGGAAGUAUCGAAGAAAAGAGCUGGUCACAGCCAGGCCCAGGAAAGGGAAGCGGUUGGUACAAUGGAUUUGGAGAUGGUGUCAAUGCUGAAGGUGAAGGACAAGGAAUGUUCUGGGAAGCGGAUGAAGCUGGGAUGGCUCUGCUUGAAGGAAGAAAGGAAGGCAAGUAUCUGGACUUAGAAGAAACCAUAAUUAUCAUGGAAGUCAUGGAUGACGUUACAAGACAAUGUGGUUUGAUAUACCCGGAGAACGUCGAGACCACAGAAUACCCGCUGUGACCUGAGCUGCUGAGUGAUUCAGCUCAGAUCUACAUCUGCC